UUUAAACAAUCGAUUAAAAUGGACUCAUCCACAACUCACAAAAGAUGGAUCGAAGAAGCUAUUCAUAAUAGACAUAUGACAGAGUUUGAUUAUAAUUCGUUUAGAGAAAUUAACACAAUUUUAACAACACCAAUAGUGGAUGUUAAAAAGGCUUAUCAAAUAGGAUUUGAUAGGAAUGUUAUUCUCAAAUAUUUAAGAGAUGAUCAGUAUAAAAUUGAAAAUGAAUAUUAUAGAAAUUUUACAAGAGAGGAAUUAGCAAAGAACCAUCCCUAA